CAAGACCACUCGCGCUGUGACGUCACUCAGAUGAAAUUGUUUACUUUAAAGACACAAAAUAACGUUUACGUCCGUCGUGGCUCACUCAUUGUCCGGUCUUCACCUUAAAAUGAUCUGCUGUUUAGUUCACAUCGUGUUUAACACCGGGCAGUAACAGCAGCUAGCUAGCGCUACAUAUGUCAUUUGGAAUAGCAGUUGAUGAUCACACAAGGAAAGCAACACGUCCGAGUAAAGAGUGGACGUCACUUUAGGCAGGUGAGUUUGCAACACUGACCCCUUUAGACCUUUCGUGGCUAACUCAUUAAAGCAGGUAAGACAUCUCUUUCAUCCAUUUUUUUAAUGUUAAGAUUAUAAGCAACAAUCCUAGUAUUAUAAAAUUAUUUGUAUUAAGGUUUCAUGAAAAUUAUGUUAUUUGUGUCAUUGAACAUCAUCAAUGCUGACAGGCCCUAACAGUUUGUCACUACAGUACAUCACAUUGCAGAAGCAUGCCUAAGGACAAGAAAGGCAAAAAAAGUAAAAACAAGAUAUUCGACCUGCAAAUGGCCCAGAAUUGCAUCGAGCUGACACCGGAUGGCAAACAACGCCUCAAUCUCAGUUUCAAGCAGUUCUCAGUCGUGCCAAAUUGUAUCGAUAAGCUUUGCCAACUCGAUGAACUGAACCUGAGCCGGAACCUGAUUAAGAGGCUUCCUGACUUUAUUGAUGCUUUCAACAACAUCCAAAUUUUGGACCUGCACAGCAACUAUCUAGAGGUGCUCCCUCCGGCCAUCGGCCUACUGAAAAACCUUGUCGUUUUAAAUUGCUGCAACAACCGUCUAACACAUGUCCCCAAGGAGCUCGGCAAGCUGCAGAAUCUCCGCACGCUCAACCUGGGUCUCAACAUGCUUCAAACACUUCCCACCUCUAUUGGUGAAUUGAAGGAGCUCACCUACAUUGGUCUCUCCGACAACAAAUUCACUCGUGUCCCCAAGUGCCUGGAGCUGCUGCAAAAUCUGAAGAAAGCCAACCUGGACAGGAAUCCUAUUCCCCCGCCCCAACCUGCUGUGCCUGUCCCUAAGCCACCAAAGAUGUUUUAUCUGGUCAAGGCGUGCGAUCUGUGUGAGGACUGCCUGAAUACAUGCCAAACAGACAAGAUGAUGCUAGUGGAGGCGUUGAACAGGAAAGAACCGCCUCCUACAGUGCAUGCAGCACGUCCAGAAACCGUUACCUAAAGAGCUGUCUGAUGGCUAAUGGAUAUCACAAAGGAGCAAGCUAGGCUUGAAAGAAGUUACAAUGCAAUAGGAGUUUAGCCUGCAACAUAACGGAGGUACCGUCUGUGCACCUUAACACGAGGACCAGGUCAGUGCUGCUGCUUAGUGCAGGAGAUCUCGUCAUUGCCUGAAUAAGUGAAGAACACAGAAAAAAUAAAAUAUAACACUACAACUUGGGAAAUUUCUGCUUUCAAAAAAUAUCUUUUUGUUGAUUAAUUAUACCCUGGUCUGUGAACUCAAGCACAUGUCAGGCUUUACCCCACACUUUUGUAUCAUAAUGGAGCACACCUCCAACCAAUUUAAAUAGCCUUAUUAAUAAUGAUGACGACAUUAACUGUUUCCCUGACCUUAGCUCACCCCUCAACCAGCAUAAAAUCAAUUCCAAUCUACGAGUCUCCACUAGAGGGCUGCAAAGACUGCUGGUAAUCACCAUGACUUUGUAUACAAGUAGAAUUGAUCAAAAUCACCGUGACUUUCUAAAUACGGGAAAUAGAAUUAAUAAGAUUAAAUAUAUUCAUAAUUUAUUUUUCAAUUUGAAAUAAAAACUAUAUGAACCUACAUCCUAUACACACACACAUACACACAUA